AUGAACAAACCAAAUCAAAUCAAAUCAAUUGCGCACAUACUUUACGAGACCGUUGCCUUUCAACUUUCGAUUCAUCACAGCUACUUGGACAAUCGAGCAUCAUCUAAAGAAGGCGAUGGGAUAUUCAUUGGGGCCUCUCAGAAUAUCUAUCACGACCGAAGAUGCCGGGCGAAUUCUACAAGUCGCAAACGUGCCAAUUCGAAUAUAAGCGGGCGAAAACACGUCGUCUUCGACAUUAUCGGCACUUGCGUCUCAUUUGAUGUAUUCUACGAAACUACCGAUCGGUUGGAUGACAGCUGCGGAGCUGCGGAGCUCGAAUUCACAUUCUUGUCGGUCUCGGAACGGCACAAGCUAUACAAAGAGGUCCCCAAGGCUCUUUUCUUUCGCAUCCUCCACAUGGCAGGCAUUGCCGCACCCCGGAAAUUCGCCACGGAUGCGGAAAGAGAUCACGGCGUUCAGGCUUAUUCCGAGUUGAAACUAAGACAUGGAACGAAAAGCUGCUUUGAUAUACCGUGGAACGGAGGGUUCAUUGUCUGGUGUCUCACGACGGGGGAUAUAAAACGUGUCGGAGGAUAUUUUGAGCGCUCGGGCUUGGCAAAGCCCGCUCUGGCAGCUUAUAAGACUGCGUUUGACCGCUUCGCCCCGGAUGAUGACAAGUGGUUUGCAGCCGCCCACAUGUGGGAUGUUUCCGCCGCAGCCAAGGCUGGAUUUCGAGGUGCCUACUGUACAGUGUAUGAGAAGGAGUCCUGUUCAGAGAUAUUUGACGAGGUGAUGAACGUGACGGCCGACACGUUACCUGAGAUGGCGAAGAAUAUUGUGGCCGCCUCACAGUAG